CACUUCUCCCACUAGGGCUGCAGUUUGUAGACUUUCAGGGAGCUUUCAAAACAAUCACAGGUGGAGGUGGAAGGGGUUUUAGACCCUGACAAGAACCUCCCUGGAGUCUACCCUGCAUCUUUGGAGAGGUUGGACUUCGGGUCCAGGCACCCAACAGCACCCCUUGCCAAUCAUCUGUGCUCCCACCCCCAGCCCAGGCCUCUUGGAGGCUCUGAGGCAAACUGGGGGCUUGUGGGGUGGGGUUGAGAAGACCUGCUGUACGUGCCACCUCUGUGACCCAGGAGCACUGCGGCUCCCCUCAUCUUCGGAGACCAAGAAAGACACAGGAAUCCACCUUGCCAGCGUACCUUUCCUGACAGAAAAUGUCCAUGAAGAAUGAGUCUCUGUUACCAUAUUACACAGCCCAGAGUGGUUGUGGAGUCGGCAUGUUCAACACCGCCAUGGGGAAAUUACAGCGGCAGCUGCACAAAGGAGAGUAUGACAUAUUUAAGUAUGCACCGAUAUUUGAGAGUGACUUCAUCCAGAUCACCAAACGCGGAGAAGUGAUUGACGUGCACAACCGUGUCCGAAUGGUGACCGUGGGCAUUGCGUCCACCAGUCCCAUCCUUCCACUCCCUGAUGUCAUGCUACUGGCCAGACCAGCACCAUUCGAUGAGGUUCCUGGGCGUGGCCAGUCCAACACCACCAAGGGGAAAAAACGCAAGUCUGGAAAGACCCUGGAGCUCACUAGGCUCCUCCCUUUGAAGUUUGUAAAGAUUUCUGUUCACAAACGUGACAAACAACAGCUACGCCUCAAGUUCGCUACUGGCCGUUCUUGCUACCUGCAGUUGUGCCCCCCUCCCGAAAGCAAGGAUGACCUCUUUUCCUACUGGGAAAAAUUGAUUUACCUCCUGAGACCACCUGUGGACAGUAACAGCAGUACCUAUGCCAUCCCAGCAGGGGAUAUGAUGAGCAUGCCUUUUCUGGAUGAAGAACACAAGACAAGUAACCCAAGAGUAGACACCUACGGAAAAGGCAGAAAAAGUGAGGCAGACCAGGUCAGCAUCAAAAGCCUCCCUAUGGUCACAGACUUCAGUGAGGUCAGCUCUUCUGCUUUUGCUGGUGGGAUGGGAACCCAUCAUGGUUCUUACAUAGCCACGGUUCUGUCUGGAGUACCCACGCCCAAAAUAAACUCAAAAGUCCUUGCCAGAGAGUCAGAAACAGGGGCAAUAGCGGGUGACCUCGCGGGUACUUUAAGCUUGACACAAAACAGGUCUGUAGGCUCUGGACAGCUAAGUGCAGCCACAGCAGGACAGGGUACCAUGGGAGCAAGAGGUAGCAAAAGCCAUUUGACUCUUGCAAGCUCUGGCAAGAUGUCACCCAAGAGCAUGAAGAUGGUCUUGGCAGGGGCAGCAAGCAAAUCCUUGGAGUAUAUUCCCAGUUCGUCCAGCAGCCUCUCCCGAAAAGAGAUCCUGACUAUAACAAAUUCAAGGAUGGAGACUACAGGAAAGUCUGUUGGAGAAACAGCAAAGGACCCAGAUGCAGUCCCAGUAGUCCUUGCCCUGACCAUGCCAAACGAAAGCCACUCAAGUGAAGAGACUGGACGUCGGAAAGCCUACUCAGCCAACACCAAAGCCCGUAAGGAAAGGAGGUCAAGAAGGGACCAGAGAGCAAAGGAAAGAGUUGGCAGCAGGAGUGAGCAUCACCACAGGACAGGAGAAGGCCGCAAGAUGGCAGGGGACAAGGAGUUUCGAAAAUCAGCCAGCCUUAGAUGUGUUGGCGAUGACAAGAAGGACAAAGGCAGCAAGCGCAGCAGCAGGUCGCACAAAGGGGUCAGCCACGUCCCCAUCACAAAGGAGUCCCGGAGCCGGACCAUCUCCACUGCCAGCUCUGUCUCUACGAGCAAGAGAAUGGGCAGAAUCAGCUUGUUCCUGAGAAACAUCAGAGCCAACUUGGCUGCAAAAGGCCUGGCACCACAACGUGACCAAGAUGUGAGCAUCAUGACUAAGACAUUAGAGAAAACCGACGUGAAGGCCAUCAUGGAGUCAGAGGGUGGCCAGGACCUGGAAAUCAUUGAUUCUGUGACAUCCGAGGUCAUGGAGACAGUGACCUUUGAAGCUCAUUAAAGUACAACUCAGAGCCAAAAGCUGCAAAGGAGCCCAGGGCCCAGGGCAAACCCCUGGAAUCCACUCCAGCGUUCUCAGUGCAGUUUAAAUAAAGAAAGAACCAUUC